CUAGCUUCCAACACGCUUUCUUCUCUAACACAUCACAAGAACGAGACUCCGUUUUCUCAACUCCAAUUUUCGGCUCAUCGAUCAAAUCUUCCUGGGAAUUCAAAUUUUGAAACAAUGGCUCACAAUUUGCCGGAGGAAACCAUACACGAUAUACUACAUAGACUACCGCCGAAAUCUUUGAUCAUAUGCACCUCGGUGUGCAAGCCAUGGAACUCCAUGAUAAAAAAUCCGAGCUUUAUACGCACCCACCUCACCCGUACAAUCGAUCUUAAUAACCAGUUUGGCACCCACCUCCUCCUUGUGUGCUGUGCUCGUAUAGUUAAACGGUCUAGAUUCCGCCAUGGUGACCCUGAGUUAUUGGAGGAGCAUUGCAAUUUGCAUUAUGAUAACCUUGCUUUUGAUGAGCACUGCAAACUAGAAUUUCCAAUUGUUCCCAAGGAAGAACCGGGCAACAAAGUUUUAACAGUGGUCGGCGUUUGUAAUGGGCUGGUGCUUCUUACGGAUUGUAUAUUUUUUUCAGGUAACACCGUCAUGUUAUGCAACCCGUCUACGAGAAAGUCAGUGACCCUUCCCAAGCCUCAUUAUACCUUCAAAGGAGUUCGCGGUUAUUACGAUUGUAUUGGUUUUGGUUUUGACGCUGUGACUACUGACUAUAAGGUUGUGAGAAUUACCUUUGAACAAUGGCCCAAUCCGAGUGCUUUUUAUGAGGUUUAUUCACUGGCUGGAGGCUCAUGGAGUGAUCCUUGUUCUUUGGAUCACGUAAAUGGACUUAAAAGAACUUGCAAACCCGUUUUUGUUAAUGGUGCUAUUCACUGGAAGGCAUACCACCGUUUGACAAAUGGUGGUUCUGAAUAUUUCAUUUUGGCAUUUGACGUGGGCAGCGACUCAUUUCGCAGGAUAAUGACACCAGAGAAUUUCAGAAGCUCAAGCGGCGAGGACUUCUAUAUUUCAGGUUACGGGAAAUCUAUUGCUCUGUCCAAGCGUUAUUAUACUAAUAUUCGAGAGCCUUGUCUUGAUAUAUGGUUGAUGAAAGAGUGUGGCAUGGAAGAGUCAUGGACCAAAUUGACAACUCUAUGUCCACCAGGUCCACAAACAGGAGUUGGCUACAGGCCAUUAUGUAUUAGGAAGAGUGGUGAUCUAGUGUUGGUACCGGCUGAUGGUUAUACUGGUAGGCAUGAAUUAAUUUGUCUAGACCUUGUGAGCAUGCAAUUUAAAAGUCUUGGAAUUCAUGGAUAUAGAUAUUACUAUGCCGAAUCUUAUGUUGAGAGCCUCGUCUUACUUGACAAGACCAAUGCAGUUUCUUACUGAGGAGAAGAACAGGUAGAAAAUGGGGCAGAUAACCUUCAUUACGAUGCCUUCUCUGUAGCUGCGUAGUGCUAGCCUCGCUGCUUCUGAUGUUAAAUUGUUCCAAAGUGUAUCAAGAUUUUCAAUCUUUGAUGAAAGCCUACCUUUCUGUUUGCUAGGAGAUCGUUUGGGAUUUGGUACCUUUUCUUCAGAAGUUUACGAAGGCUUAUAAUCUUUGAUGAAUUCGUGCUUUUCGGUUUGGUAGGAGAUGAUUGGGAAUGCAUGAUUAAUUUAGGAUACUGUAACAAUCACAUCUCUUGUCUGAAUAUGCUUCUAAUGAGUUGUCGGGUUUGUAACCAUUUUUCAACAAUGCAACAUGCAAAGGGGACAAUAUCAUGACCAACUAGUCCAUGGUUAACCAGUUUAAAAUGAUCUCGAGCAGAGAUUAUUUGCUAUUUGUCU